AUGGCGGCCAGCGUGACAGCAAGAGUUGCGCGACUUUUCUCGUUAAAUUCGAUACAAAUUCGGGCGAUAGCAACUUGUCAAAUUAAUCUAUCGGGCAAMAAGAUUCUUCCAUUUGAUGAUGAACGUGUUAAAUCGAUUUUAAAGAGACUAACUGGAUGUAAUGUGGAGAAAGUUUUCUCAAAUCGUCAACUACGACAUGGGGUUGAAGUUCCUUCAUACAAGCUGAUGACUGACGAAGAACUACUUGAGGAAGAAAACCUCACCAAGGCCAGAGCAGAAAGUAUUCUAGAGAUGCCAUCAGUAAUGGACGAAAGAAAGGAAAUCCAGGAAAURCUUGACAUUGAUAAGCGACUGGCAGGAUAUGAUACAGCAGAUUACAUGUUUACAGAUAUCAGUCCAAGCGCUAAUAACAAGAAUCGAAGGAUAGUUGUUCGUGACACUAGUGGCCGAUUAAGAUCRGCGACCUGGGAAGAAAGAGAUCUUGCCAACUUUAUAUACUUUCCUAAAGAUGGGCAGCAAUGGGAGAUGCCUGAAAUGUUGACGGAAUCAGGGAUUGAGGUUCCUCUUUCACAAAACAGACAUGAAGAUAUCUUAGACUUGAUAUGUGUGCAGUGCGCACCAGAUACAAGUGACUAUAUUAGGGUUCAUCAAACAGUUUAUGAAGACAUUGAUCAGAAUAAUAAACAUGGUAUUUUGUGGUCCACUCGGCACUUUGGAGGCUUAGUUUACUACCUUAUGAAACACAGAAAGCUAGACAACUUAUUGGAUUACUUCACAAGUAGAGAAAUGUUUGAUGAGGCAAUUAAUGUUGUUACUCUGCACCACCUAGUAUAUCCAGAUCACAUCACAGCAAUGGAAUCCAAAUCACCGCAAAACUUGACUGGCAUGCAAAUACUUAAAGCAUAUCUCAAAAGAGAAGGUCCUGUAUCGUCACUACAAAUUGUUGAGGAAAAUUUCUUUAAAAAGAAGGUGUCAUCAUAAAAGUGACAUCAGURAUCACAUUGAAAGCAAUAAAUACUACGAACUCAAA